GAUUUAACCUUGUAACAAAAAUAUUAUAUUACUGCCUCCUUUCUUUCUUUGUGUGAAGCAGAGUUGAAGACUUGAAGAUGGUCUCUUUUAUUUUCCUGCAUAGGCUUUCAGCAUCCCAACUACUAAUGAGUUCUUGUGACCUCUGUUUGGUUGCCAUAAGCAUGAUUAGCUAAUCAGCUGUAAUUCACAGAAUUUUUGUGCAAUCAAAGGACAAGGGCUACAGAAAAUAGAACGUGUACAACACCUCAGUGGUCCGUCACGCCUCAAAAGAACCGUCACUUGCCUUUGCGCCGAAGACUGAUGAUUUUAGUAUUACCAAUCGCCACGCAUACCACGCGUCCUUCUGAGAAGCAAAAGCAACAAAGAUGGCCUCUCUAGCCAAACCCACACCCAGGAUUACCCUCUUCCUCUUCCUCAUCUUCACUUGUUCACGAUUCUGCAAAUCCACACCGGACCAAGACCCAACCCCAACCCCAUGGCCCCACCAAUUCCACUCCAUCCUGGUCAUGAACUACAGCGGCAUUCUACAGGUGAUCGACCUCUGGUACGACUGGCCCAACGGAAGAAACUUCAAUAUCAUUCAGCACCAGCUUGGUAAUGUCCUCUAUGACCUUGAAUGGAACAACGGCACUUCUUUUUUUUACACCCUUGAUUCCUCCAAAAAGUGCAGCAGUGCCCAGCUUGAGGUUGGGAUCCUACGGCCCAACUGGCUAGAUGGAGCUAAGUAUCUGGGUCAGCAGCACGUGGAUGGAUUCCUGUGCAAUGUGUGGGAGAAGGUGGACUUUAUCUGGUACUAUGAGGAUGUUGUCACCAAGAGGCCUGUUCACUGGGUCUUCUACACCGGGAGGGAGGCGCAUGUGAUGACAUUUGAAGUAGGAGCAGCUCUUGAGGACGCUAAGUGGCAAGCCCCCGUUUACUGCUUUGACAAGAACGAUUCUCUCACCAGUAUUCCCGUGGAAACAAUGGUGGAUGGAGUUCUCAAAGGUUCUGCUGUGCUCUGAAUUUUCAUGAAGAUUUUUGUGAUAAUAAAGUUCGGAACUCCUAUUAUGUUUUUAUUGCUGCCUAAUGGUCUGAAAGUAUCAUUCCACGCUUCUCUCUAAUUGUUUCCUGUAAAUGCAUCUUAACAUCCGGUUUGAGUCAGACUCUUGAGUGAUGAGCAAUCCCUCUUCCUUCUAUUGGCAUGUCAUCACUGAAUACUGUUACUGUCU